GAACAAGUUCGCUUGUCUUUUUGUGCGUGCUGAAUUAUCGUUCCGGGCGUUAAAAAGUACAGUUUCGCUUAAAUUUCAUAUCGCGAAGUUGAAUAAAGUGAAAUGGAUACUGACAUAAUGAUUGAAGAAGUUGAUGUUUCGAACCUCGAAGAGCAAACCGAAAUGUACAUUUUACUUAAGAAAUUUGGACUGUCGGAUGGCAGUAUUGGUUUGUUUCUCGAGAACGGAUAUAAUGUGGAAUGCUUGAAGCUAGUAGAGCGUCAGGAGAUCGAAACUUUGUUGUCGACACCUUAUCUCGCGGAUCGAACAAAAUGUAUACACGGGCUUAAUGGUUGGAGAAAAUCGUUGGGAUUAGUUCCGGUUAGUGAGCCUCUACGAACAGUUGAAAAUUUGAAAGCUCCCGUCACUAGAGUGCCAGUGAAACCUUCCUACGCAGCUACCACGCGGGUUGAAUGCUCUGCAGUGUACCUCCUCAACCGGUCGGAUCGUGGACAGGCAAUACAGGCUGCGUAUAGAAAAUCGCAGUACCUUUCAAAAGAAGCAAUACGAACGAUUACUCACAUCGUAGUAGACGAGUUUAAGGACAGAUUUGGAAAAUUGUCACACGAGGAGUUGUUGGAACGUUCUGCGGAACUUUCGAAACAUUUCCCUUCGGAGAAGACUUCAUGGUACAGACCAACGUUUAUUAUUGACGAAAAUGGAAAACGUAUACGGCAAAGCAAAGUAGCAAGAGGAUAUCUCUACGAUCGAAAUAUUAAUUAUAAACCAAUUGCGAUAUCGAAAACAAAAAUCGCAUCCUCGAACCGAUCGGCUGAUGACGCGGAGUUUUUAAAAGUGUUUACUGCAGAAGCUGGUAUAUUUUAUGCAGCCAAAUUAUUAUACAUAAUUUAUGAAUAUAUUUAUUUGCAGAGGAGGAAUUCCGAGAAACUAAAAUCUGGCUGCGCCAUCAUGAAGAUGAGUGGGAAGAACUGAAAAAGAAGUGGAAGUCUACCAGCCCUCAACGUAUUCACGAAAUACUGCAGCUGGGAGAAAGAACAAUCAACAAUGUUUUAGCUGACUACCCGGUGUUGAAAAACCCUCAAGGAUAUACACUUAUUUUGUUGGACUUUAAACACAGAUAACCUGAAAAGGAAGACAAUUUAUUCAAACAUUGGCAACACUUCCGAGAGCGUAUUCGCUGGGCAUUCGAAGCAGACAUAGCCGAUGCCGGAGGACGUGCAAUACUGAAUCGUCUCCUCCAGGAUGAUAUGUCAGAAGACAGUGAAGAUUGCUACACAUUUGCUUUGACGGUGUUUUUAUUACCAAGCUCGUUGAUUUUUCUUAAGAAAGGAAUUAAAAGAUGGAAACCGUCGUUCGCAGAAAGUCAGGAAGGGUGCCUACUCUACGUGAAUAGCUUGUCAGAUAUUGAAACAGCGGUGGGUAAUUUAUACGAACGAUAUAGACAGAAGGAUUUACCCCAACGACCAAUACUGAUCGCCGUUGGAAAGGAUCAUUCACAUCUAAUUGAUUUCCUCGUAUACUUCGGUGACACGUAUUAUCGAUUCCAAACUUUCCAAAAAGCUCUGGAUGUAUGCUUUAAGAUAUUCGCUACGUAUAAAUUAAGUUUCCCGAGAGAAUCAACUGGUCCAUGGAAUUUGAUCAGUAAUUGUUUGUAUGGAUUCGACGUGAAAAAUGACUACAAUCAAUCAAAGGUCACUGCCCUAACAACAUACAUACGCGAAAAUAAUAAACAGCAAUGAUUUCAUGUAUCGUCCACCACUGCAACUGGACAGCAGUAUGCUUUGACCAACUUUACUUUCAUAUACGACGGAUGCAUUCCAACUUAGAAACUUUUCGGUGCAAUAUUGAAAGCUGUGAUCGAUUGUUCAGCGUGUAUGGCAGUUUUCGAAGACACCAUAAAAAUCAUUUCAUAUCUCAUCGUAAGAUGGAUUGCCACAGAGCACUAACGUCAGACAAAAUUUGUUCAUCUAAUAAUUCAGAAGACGAUGAUGUUAUAAGUAUAGAUGAAAAUGCAAAACUCGACACAGAACAUGAAAUAUCUA